AUGUCUUUUCAAUCCUCUCAUGCUUCUUGUAAAUCGUGGAAUUAUGAUAUUUUUGUGAGUUUUAGAGGGGUAGACACACGGAAUACCUUUGUGGAUCAUCUUUAUGCAGCUCUUGAUCAACGAAGAAUUACUUACCUCAAUCUAGAUAAACUUCCCCAAGGUGAACUGAUGGGGCCAUUGCUCUUCAAGGCUAUUAAAGAAUCACAAAUUGUAAUCGUUGUGUUCUCGAAAAACUAUGCUGAUUCAUUUUUGUGCUUGAAUGAACUCGUUUCUGUAACGGAAUGUAUGGAAGAGAAAGGACAAAUUGUCAUACCCGUAUACUAUGACGUGGAUGCCUCAUAUGUUCGUAAUCAAAAAGGGACAUACGAAGAAUCAUUUGCAAGACAUGAACUACUCCAUAACAAAGACAAAGUUGAAUCUUGGAGAAAAGCACUCGUAUAUGCAUCUAACCUAUGUGGAUGGGAUCUCAAGUAUAAUGCAAAUGGGUAA